CGGGGGCGCCCGCCCGGCCCAGAGCGCAGGUGGCGGCGGCGGCGGCGGCGGUCCGGAUCCAGCUCUCGCUCCCGGCCGGGCCCCGCUCCCGGCGCGGAGGCGGCAGGUGCCCGGGACAUGCGGCGGCGGUAGGACGCGCGGCGGCGAUGGGCGGCCGGGGGCUGCCGGUGCCGCUGCUGCUGGGGCUGCCGCUGCUGCUGGGGCUGCCGGCGGCGGGGCGCGCCGCCUCCAAGGCGCUGGUGUGCCAGGAGAUCACGGUGCCGAUGUGCAAGGGCAUCGGCUACAACCUCACCUACAUGCCCAACCAGUUCAACCACGACACGCAGGACGAGGCCGGGCUGGAGGUGCACCAGUUCUGGCCGCUGGUGGAGAUCCAGUGCUCCCCGGACCUGCGCUUCUUCCUCUGCAGCAUGUACACCCCCAUCUGCCUGUCCGACUACACGAAGCCGCUGCCCCCCUGCCGCUCCGUCUGCGAGCGGGCCAAGGCCGGCUGCUCGCCCAUCAUGCAGCAGUACGGCUUUGCCUGGCCCGAGAGGAUGAGCUGCGACAGCCUGCCGGUGCUGGGGGACACCGAAGUGCUUUGCAUGGGAUACAACCACACGGAAGCCACCACCCUGCCGCCUUUCUUUGGGAAGCCCACGCGCCCUGCCAAGGACAUGGCCAAAAACCUGACGCCACUCGAUGGGCAGCGCCUCUCAGGGCUGGACUGUGGUCAGACUUGCAAGUGCAAAGCGCCCCUGAUCCCCAUCUCCAAGGAGUCCCAUCCGCUGUACAACCGCAUCAGGACUGGGAAGGUACUCAACUGUGCCAUCCCCUGCUACCAGCCCUACUUUACCCAGGAUGAGAAGACCUUCGCUACCUUCUGGAUUGGCCUCUGGUCCAUCCUCUGCUUCCUCUCCACCUCAACCACCGUGGCCACCUUCCUCAUUGACAUGGAGCGCUUCAAGUACCCUGAGCGCCCCAUCAUCUUCCUCUCUGCCUGCUACCUCUUCGUCUCCGUGGGCUACAUUGUGCGGCUGGUGGCAGGGCACGCCAACGUGGCUUGCAACCCGGAGCACCACCACAUCCAUUAUGAGACCACAGGCCCUGCUCUCUGCACCGUGGUUUUCCUUCUCCUCUACUUCUUUGGCAUGGCCAGCUCCAUCUGGUGGGUCAUCCUGUCCCUCACCUGGUUCCUGGCAGCUGGCAUGAAGUGGGGCAAUGAGGCCAUUGCUAGCUACUCGCAGUACUUCCACCUGGCUGCCUGGCUCAUCCCCAGUGCCAAAUCCAUUGCUGUACUGGCACUGAGCUCUGUGGAUGGUGACCCGGUGGCUGGGGUUUGCUAUGUGGGCAACCAGAGCCUGGAGAAUCUGCGGGGCUUUGUGCUGGCACCACUAGUGGUUUAUCUCUUCACCGGCAGCCUCUUCCUGCUGGCUGGCUUCAUCUCGCUCUUUCGCAUCCGCAGCGUGAUCAAGCAGGGCGGCACCAAAACUGACAAGCUGGAGAAGCUGAUGAUCCGCAUCGGCAUCUUCACCGUGCUUUACACUGUGCCUGCCACCAUUGUCAUUGCCUGCUACAUCUACGAGCAGCACAAUCGGGAGGCCUGGGAGCAGGCACAGAACUGCUCCUGCCCAGGGGACCCUCACCGCCCCAAGCCUGACUACGCUGUCUUCAUGCUCAAGUACUUCAUGUGCCUUGUGGUGGGGAUCACCUCUGGCGUUUGGAUCUGGUCUGGAAAGACACUCGAGUCCUGGAGGCGCUUCACCACCCGCUGCUGCCGGGCCAGGAAGCCUGCGGGCGCCUCUGUGUACGGUGAGGCCAGCCCGGCACUGGUGGGCAGGACGGUACUGCCCAGUAUGGCCUCCUACCACAAACAGGUCCCACUGUCCCACGUGUGA